AUGCCAAGGAAGAGAUUCCAGCUGUUACGCCGUUAUGUUCAUUUCGAUGACAAUCAGCAGUGCAGUGAGAAUCCAGAUCGAUUUGACAAAAUCCGUCCACACUUUGAGAUGCUUCGCAAGCAGUGUCUCCUAAUACCAUCCACUUACAAGCACAGUGUGGAUGAGGUCAUGAUAAGAUAUAAAGGCACAAGAGCUGGCACCCUCUGCCAAUAUAUUGGCAAUAAACCAGAUAAGUGGGGCUUUAAAGCCUUCUGCAGAGCCAGUUCAUCUGGCAUCAUCCAUGACUUGCUGCUGUAUCAAGGGGCAUCCACAUUCUUCAAUGUCGCCCUCAUUAAAAUAAUUCUGUUCAUGUAUACGAGCAUUAAACUGACAUUAGGAGCAUCUGUUGUCUUGCGAUGCCCUGGGAAGAGACAGAAUGAUGGACAAUUCCUCUUUGUCAUUUUGUAUGACAUUAAAGAGUACUUCAGUGACUGCGAGAAACAAUGGCUUGUCAAUGGAACUUUGACAGGACUGUUUGCAGAAGGAUAUCCGUCAUUCAUCUCUCCGAUUACAAAUCUGACUGCAAGCACCGCCACCUUGCAGGCCUGUCCUGAAAAUCUCGAGUGCCUGCUCUCCUGCCCCACUGGCAGAAUCAAUGAAAAGCAGCAGUGCUCUUGUGAUGUCAGCGCUACAACUUCCCUUUCUGAAGUGGGAUUUUCUGACUGGAGCAUUGGUGUUUGGACUGGAGUGACUGUGUCUGUGACCCUGUUGAUCUUUGUGAUUAUCGCCUUUGGACUUUAUAAGAAAAAACAAAGGUCAAGAUUUUCUCCUAAUGGUCCAGUUCCUACUGAAGAGAUUUGAUUCUGAAGAAGUUGGAAGUUUUUACCACAUCACACCUGGACGUUUUAUCUUCGGUUAUCUUUUUAUCAUUUUCAUCAUUUAUAUAGCAUUAGCUCUAUGUGUGUAGGCAACAUUUAGCAUUUCAGCUUGUAGGAUUUUGUUUGUAUAUUAAAUUAAAUUAUGAUCAUAUCUCUGACA